UGGAAGUCGACAUCAGCAGUGACAAAACAACCCUGAGGCUCAACAACAUACUUGCCUACUUGGCCACAGAUCAGUGCACGACCAGUCUCCCCUGUACUUGAGCCAACGACUUACACAAAUUAUCUCGUCUUCUCUCUCUCUCUUUUCAGCAAUUCUACCUCGCAGAAAACAUGAAGACUGCAGCGGGACUCGUCUUUGCCCUCGCUGGCAUAGCCAGCGCGGUGCCUCGACCUACACACACUGAAUCCACCUGCCUCGAUGAGUCCGUCUGCAUCGACGGCAUGAGCGAGUGCGGCGUGGUCUGGGGCGGGUGCUACAACCCGUGCUCCCAGCCGUCUCCGACUCCCGCCCCGUGCCCCGCCACGUCUUCCGACAAGUCGACGAUCACGGCUCCUCCGGUGACGCCAACGACCGCCCCUGAGGAUGACUGCCACACGCGCAUCAUCUGCAUUGACGCCAUCAACGAGUGCGGCAUCCGCUAUGGCGGCUGCAUCCCCGACUGCAAGCCCUGGGCGCUCAGCACGCCUCCCUGCCCGAGCUCGACGUCGACGUCCAAGAGUGUGGCGUCCGAUGAGGGGUACAUGACCGCGUGGAAGCGCCAAGAAGACGGCAAGAUGACGGCCUGGAAGCUCGACGACGGCUACAUGACCGCUUGGAAGGACGACGACGGCUUCAUGACCGCUUGGAAGUCUGACGACGGCUUCAUGACGGCCUGGAAGUCUGACGACGGCUACAUGACCGCCUGGAAGCGAGACGAGCAGAACACGACGCCGGCGUACAAGUCCGGCUUCAUGACUGCCUGGAAGAGCGACGACGGCAAGAUGACUGCCUGGAAGGAAGACGAUGGCAAGAUGACCGCCUGGAAGGACAGCGAUGGCAAGAUGACUGCCUGGAAGGACAGUGACGGUAAGAUGACCAUGUGGAAGGAGAACGAUGGCAAGAUGACUGCCUGGAAGGAGAGCGACGGCAAGAUGACUGCGUGGAAGGACAAUGACGGUAAAAUGACGGCUUGGAAGGUCGACGACGGCAAAAUGACUGCCUGGAAGGACGAGUCUGGGUUCAUGACCGCCUGGGCUCCUCAGCCGACGCAGUAGUAGUCGCGAAGACUACCCGCCGCCGCAGCACUUCUCGAAACGACGGCCAAGGAAUGACGCAUAACGACACUGGAUAAAGGGACAGGCUCAAAAAGUUUGAUGCUUUUUUUCGUUUCUUCGCUUGGUUUUCUCGGCUAGGGAUUUAUGGAGAAAAGGCCUGCUCGGUAGGAGCGGCAUGCCCCUAAUAAUGCAUAAUAAGUAGACCUUGACUUAAAACUACAUAAUAGCACGCUUCGGUUCCUUGAUUUCCUAGUUCGGUAUAUGCCUUGUUAAUAAUAC